CUCACGCGUCAGUAUCAUUACCGAGAGCAGUGAGAUAGACGUAUUUCUACAAUGAGUUUUGCUAACAAAGUUGUUCUAAUAACCGGAGGCAGUGCUGGUAUUGGGGCUACCACAGCCGAAUACUUCGCUAAAGAAGGUGCUUCUUUAGCUAUCGUAGGCAGAAACGAAGCUAAACUGACCAAAGUAGCAGAGCGAUGCCAGAAAUUAGGAGCGACCGUACUCACUAUCAAAGCCGAUAUAUCUAAGGAUGCAGACGCGGAUUCAGUCGUGAAGAAAACAAUUGACAAUUUCGGUAAACUCGAUGUACUCGUCAACAAUGCUGGAAUAUUGAGACAAGCUAAUGUUCUAUCUGAGACCUUCUUGCAAACGUUCGACGAAGUGAUGGACAUAAAUUUGCGAGGCGCCGUACGCAUCACCUACUUCGCUUCUCCUUACCUGAUCAAAACUAAAGGUAAUAUUGUCAACGUGUCCAGUGUAGCUGCUAAUUGUACAUCGAGACCAAGUAGCACUGCUUAUAGAACUUCGAAGGCUGCAAUGAACCACUUCACCAGGUGUAUUGCACUUGACCUUGCGUCUCACGGAGUUAGAGUAAACUCUGUAAGCCCAGGUCCCGUAUACACUGAUAUAUUUGAAGGCCUAGAAGUUAACGCUGAAAUAUUGAAGAAAAACACUGCCCUACAAAGAGUGUCUGAGCCAGACGAGAUUGCUGAUAUGAUACUGUUUGUUGCAAGUGAUAAAGCGAGAGGAGCCACUGGAUCCAAUUAUGUUGUCGAUAACGGUACACUUUUGAUGUAAUCUAAAUCUAUGUUAAUAAGACACAAUUUGGUUUUGUUGCAUAACAAUGUAAUCAUUAUUAUAAUAUUAUCAGCAAUGAAAA